AUACAUCACUAGAUCAUUCUCUCUCUAAUAGCAAGAAUGUCAUCAGAUCCUCUUGUAGUUGGCAGAGUGAUUGGAGAUGUUGUUGAUUGUUUUAAUCAAACUGUUAAAAUUGCAGUUACCUACAACUCUUCCAAGCAGGUAUACAAUGGCCAUGAGCUGUUUCCAUCUUCAGUAACUCUGAAACCUAAGGUUGAGGUUCAUGGAGGUGAUAUGAGAUCUUUCUUCACAUUGAUCAUGACAGACCCUGAUGUUCCUGGUCCAAGUGACCCAUACUUGAGGGAGCAUUUACACUGGGUGGUGACAGACAUUCCUGGCACAACCGAUGUCACGUUUGGAAGGGAAUUGGUGAACUAUGAAAUGCCGAGGCCAAACAUUGGGAUUCACAGGUUUGUUUUCCUUCUCUUCAAGCAGAAACGCAGGCAAACAGUGAUAAGCGUACCAUCGUCAAGGGAUGGCUUUAACACAAGAAAGUUUGCAGAAGACAAUGACCUUGGUCUGCCAGUGUCAGCUGUGUUCUUCAAUGCACAAAGGGAAACAGCUGCAAGAAGACGCUGAUGAAUAAUGAAAUGAAACCAAAAAAAAAAUUAAGUAACUACUCCAGAAGAAAAAACAUAUAUAACAUGUUAAAGUGAGAAGGCAGUGGUGUAUUAUUAGAUAUAUAUUUAGUGUUUAAUGGGUCAUCAAGAAUAAAAGCCUGGGUAAAUAAGUACUAUGCAUGCCACAUCUCUGAGUGGAUACAUAUGUAACCUAUCCCAAAAUAGCAGCUUUUGAAGUUAUCAAUUAAUCUCCUACUUUGUAAUUCUAUAUGUAUCAUUUUAUGGUUUCAGUGUGUUACUUUGUAGUUUGGUUUUCUAGAAAUAAAAUGGAGAAAAAGAAGCUGGGGUUUUAGUUAA